CGCCAUUUUGAAUGUUUUCAUCGUACGGAAAUGUAUAUGUUGAUUACUAUUGUAACAAUAAUUUAAAUCGACGUUGGAACGGGAAAUCUGUGACUUGAGAGUGUGUGUAUCUAAUCUAACUCUACGUAAUUACUCGCAAUACUUAAAUAUGAGCGUGGCAACAGAUACGAAACCGGGCGAUACAUCAAGUGAUGAAGUGGACAGUAAAUGGUUAAAUGCACAUUAUGAUCCGGUAGCAUCACUAUAUACAUUUACAACAUGUAUGGCGUUGUCUGAUUUGAACGGUGAUGGAGAGAACAAGUUAAUUAUAGCUGAUCUUGGCACAGGUUCUUACGAUAUGAAAUUGAAAGUCUAUAAAGGAACAUCACUGAUGUCUGAGAAUGCUAUUAUAGAUUUACCAACUGGAGUAUCUACAUUCUUUAUGGAUACCAAUGAACCAAGGACACCUGCAAUAGCAGUUGCUUCAGGGCCAUAUAUAUAUGUGUAUAAGAAUCUGAGGCCAUAUUUUAAGUUUACGUUGCCGCCCCUAGAAGUUAAUGAAGUUGAAGAACAAUUGUGGAAUCAGACAAGAGAGGAUAAAAUUGAUGUGAGAGUAUUACGGGAAAUGUUGGACAGUCUACGAAGAGAGAAUACAGAUAGCAGUUUAACUGUCAGAUCCUUGAGAUUUUUAAUGUUAGAUCCUGAUCAGAUGGAAGCAUUUGCUGAUCUCCAUAAACACAGUCCCAUGAAAAAACAGACUGUAAUUACAUGUAUGGACACUUUGAAAAAGAGUAUGUCAGAUGAUGAUGCUAUAAGCUGUUUGGUUAUUGGAACAGAAAGUAAAGAUAUUUACAUCUUAGAUCCUGAAGCAUUCACAGUACUUGCAAAGAUGACUUUACCAAGUGUUCCGGUAUUUUUAAGCGUUUCUGGUUUAUAUGAUGUUGAAUUCCGCAUUGUUGUGUCUGGCAGAAAUGGUCAUAUUUACACAUUGAAAAGGGGUUCCAAAACAGCCAAGUCAUGUGUGGAGCUUGGUUCCCAGCCUGUCGGUUUGCAGAGAGUUGGUAAAAAUAUCGUUGUAGGAUGCAUGGAUCAGACGCUUCAAUGUUUUACAACAAAGGGAAAGAGGUUGUGGACGGUGUAUUUACCAAGUGGUAUAACAUCAAUGGGAUUGAUGGAUCACAAACAACGUGGAUUUAAAGCAGUGCUGGUUGGUUUAAAUAGUUGUGAAGUCCAUGUAUACAGAGACAAAUAUUUAGUGAAUGUUAUCAAGUCACAGGAUGCUGUAACAGGAAUGCAGUUUGGACGAUUUGGUAGGGAAGAUGGUGCCUUGGUGAUGACCACAAAAGGAGGGGGUCUGAUUGUUAAAAUUUUACGCCGUAAUGCUGUGUUUGAAGAAAGAGAUUCAUCGGGGGGCCCACCAGUCGCACAAAACCAGAAGCUAAAUGUACCCAAGAAAACCAAACUAUUUGUGGAUCAAACAAUGAGAGAACGAGAAAAUGGAACAACAAUGCAUCGCACGUUUCAACAUGAUUUAUAUCGAAUGAGACUGAAUACUGCUCGGGCAUUUGUCACAGCUCUAGAUAACAGUUUAAACCCCAUUUCAAUGAAUCCAACUGAGCCGCUAAAGUUGUCUGCCCAGAUUCAAGGCAUUGGUCCAACCUUCAAACUGACUGUGAGUUUACAGAACACCUCUAUGAACACACCAAGUUUGAGUCUAAUCAUUAGUUUUCAAUACGAUGACAAAUUAUAUGCAUUACAGAAGAACCUCAUCCAUGUACCUAUGUUGAUUCCUGGAUUGAAUUAUAAUUUUGAAACAUUGGUUGAAUGCUUGAAUGACAAAGGGAUAUCAGACACAAUUAAGGUAUUUGUUUUGCGGCAACAUCGGGCAGUGCCAAUAAUAACAGCAGUAAUUAAUAUGCCAGUCAGUGAAUCAGUCAUCGUUGUAUAAUAUAGACUCAGGUCAUCUCUUCCGUCCAUAACGAUUUUUUAACUGACAUUGAUUUUUGUUGUCCCAUGAAAGUGUCAAUUUAUUGUAUUUUUGUUGUCCCAUGAAAGUAUCAAUUUAUUGUAUUUUUGUUGUCCCAUGAAAGUAUCAAUUUAUUGUUUUAGGUCAUUUGUAUGUAAAUUUUACUAGUCACUCCCUGCUUAAAGAAGGUCAGUAUAA